ACAAAACUAGUGAAGCUUUAAAAAUGCUGGAGUCUGUGAGCCUAAUUAAGUGUCAUUAUUUUAAAAAUUCAACAAUUGGCACAAUCUUCUGGCAAAAUUCGUUCAAAAUGAUCAGGACAAUCAGCACAAUAAUUUUUUAUACUGGAUUGAUGUGUUUACAGCAUAGCAUAGAGGUAAUUUUAAAUGAUUAAAUUAGAACCAGUGCUGCAAAUCAUUAAAGCAUGCACUGAAAAUUGAAAAACCAUACACUCAUGACUGCCGAACUAAACAAUAUAGACAAUGCUAUCUAACUCAUUAUGGAAAUAGAAGUUUGUGGUUGGAGAAAGGUGAGUGGAAGCACAUGUCUGCUUAAUUAAGUCCUGGAUAAGAGGAUUUGAGGUCACUAGUCCUGCUCUGUAAAGACUUGCUCAGUAUUGCCAAAUCUCACCAGACAAUCUCAAUAUCUUGUACAUAGACAGACUUCUCUGAUGGUUAAAGGUAAAAAAUGUUUUGGGUAAAGGAAAAAUGCUUCUGAAAAGGUUUCAUGUCCCUUUAUUGAAUAUGCUCUUUGACCUCAUUUGAGAAACGGCACCACUUGAACUUGUACUGUUGUAAUUCUUUUGUCAGAUCGGGUGAGUACCAAAGCCUUUAUAUAUAGGCUAGCACUAAGCUUAUAUAACACUGUCACUGUGCUUUUAUUCAUCUCAACUGUGAAUUAUACUUACUGUACUUUCAGUAUUUAAACAUGGAUCAGGACAAUGUUUCGCCACUGCAGCACUUUGUGGUGGCAAAGAGGACAAUCAGUGCUAUGUUUCACCAGUUGUUGGAGUUUGUUAGAGAGGGAUCAGAUUUUGUAGAGGAGACGUGGAAGAGUGAGGAUCUGGAGCAUGUAGCUGAGGAAGAACAGUGUCUGCAGAUCCAGGCCUGCUCCAGGAAACUAACUGUCAUCAAAGAUGUGCUAUCCCGCAGACACAUGAAGGUGGCCUUCUUUGGCAGGACCAGUAAUGGAAAGAGUACAGUAAUUAAUGCCAUGCUAAGGGAACGGGUCCUGCCCAGUGGAAUCGGCCACACCACAAACUGUUUCCUGAGUGUGGAGGGCACAGAUGGGGAGCAUGCCUACCUUACCACUGAAGACUCUGAAGAGAGGAAAAGCAUUGAAACAGUCAAUCAUCUGGCCCACGCUCUGCAUAUGGACAGGAACCAAGACUCUGGCUCUCUAGUCCGAGUGUUUUGGCCCAAAACUAAGUGUGCACUGCUGAGAGAUGAUCUGGUUCUGAUGGAUAGCCCAGGCACAGAUGUCACAUCAGAGCUGGACAGUUGGAUUGACAAGUUCUGUUUAGAUGCUGAUGUCUUUGUGCUUGUUGCCAACUCUGAGUCUACCAUAAUGAACACUGAGAAGCACUUUUUCCACAAAGUGAAUGAGCGUAUAUCAAAGCCCAACAUUUUCAUCCUAAACAAUCGCUGGGAUGCAGCUGUCUUGGAGCCAGAGUAUCUGGAAGAUGUGCGGAAACAGCACAUGGAUCGCUGUGUCAGUUUCUUAGUGGAGGAGCUGAAGGUAGUGGACCUUAACAAGGCACCUGACCGCAUCUUCUUUGUCUCUGCCAAGGAGGUGUUGAGUGCCAGGAUCCACCGCGCCCAAGGAAUGCCAGAGACUGGCGGUGCUUUGGCUGAAGGAUUCCAAGAGCGACUGAUGGAGUUCCAGAAUUUUGAAAGAACAUUUGAGGAAUUUAUAUCCCAGUCUGCCGUGAAGACCAAGUUUGAGCAGCACACAAUCAGAGCCUGGCAGAUCAUUGAGUCGGUCAAGGCUAUCAUGGAUGCCAUCAAUAUUUCUUCAGCAGAAAAGAAAGUGUUCUCACUUGAAGAGCGUGAGGCUCUAAUGGACCGGCUAGAGUUUGUGCGAAAUCAGCUUAACUUCCUAACUGAGGACAUCAAAGACAAGAUAAAGGCCAUCACUGAUGAAGUGGCUGCCAAGGUGUCCAGUGCCAUGGCAGAAGAGAUUUGUUGUCUGUCUGGUCUUGUGGAUGAAUUCUGCACUGAUUUUAGCCCUGCCCCAAACGCCUUAGCCCUGUACAGAACUAAACUUAUGGCCUAUGUGGAGGAGAUAAUGGUGAAGAAUUUGGACCUCCGCUGUUCCAGCACUAUAAACGGCUGUGUGCUGUCAUCUCAGAGAGACAUAAUGGACACUCUACGUCCUCUGCUGCCCCCUGCUGCCCGAGGUCAACUACACAUCCCCAACAGGAAGUUCACUAUGACCUAUGACCUGAACUUUGCUAGCCUCUGUGAAAAUUUUGUGGAAGACAUCGACUUUCACUUCUCACUGGGUCUUACAUCCUUGGUGAAUCGUUUCCUGGGGCCUGCUAAAGCCAAACAAGCUUUGAGUCUGUUGGACCAGAAUUUGAAAGUCACCUCUUCCUCUGCUCCCAUGAGAACCCAGACCCAGGAGGAGCUGGCUGUCUCCAUGGCAACAGGACUAAUCUCUCUCACUUCCAGAGCAUCGGUGGGCAUGUUGGUCACUGCUGGAGUGGUGUGGCGUUCUGUGGGCUGGAGGGUUAUUGUACUCUCUGUGAGUCUCUACAGUUUGCUCUACCUGUAUGAAAGGCUCACCUGGACCAACAGCUCUAAAGAAAGGGCCCUUAAGCAGCAGUUCGUGGAUUACGCCACUCAAAGACUGCAGGCCAUCUCACACAUCAUCAGCAGUGACUGUGGACAGCAGGUGCAACAGGAGAUGGUGGCCGUCUUUGCCCGCAUGUGCCAACAGGUUGACAAGAGCGAGAUGGAGCUUGAAACUGAGAUCCGCAGACUCAGCGCCAGGAUCCAGCGCCUGGAGAGUGUCCAGAGACACUCCAAAACCCUCAGGCACAAAGCCACUGAUCUGGAGUCACAACUGGAGUCUUUUUCAGCACAUUAUCUGCAGAUUCAGCAUUAACCAGAGCAGCAAGAAACUGUGGAUGAGCAGGAGUAAGACUGUCCUCCAGUGUUCACUGCUGGAACAACCCAAAAUCUGCUGAAUGAAAAGUUACAUAGAAUCUAAAUUUAUUUAAUUUCAGUAUUUCAUACAAGCCUCUGGAACCCAGAUUUCUCAAUGACAAAAAUCUAAUUGUAGCAAGUUAAUAAUAUGCAGACAACUUCCUUGAUGAAAAGCCUUUAUUGGUUAUGAGAACAAAUAGUAACAGGUGACACUGCCACUGCACAAAUACAAAUAAAUUCUGGGUGUUAAAAAAAAAAAUAAUAAUAAUAA